UUAUAAUGAGGUAGUAUAGGGAGAUCAAAAAAAUAUUAUGCCGAAAAGAUUAUUGUUGACAUGCAAAAGGGUGGCAACGUGAGCGGCCGGCGUUAGGCAGCAGACAGACCAGAGUCCAGACAAGCCUAGCCCACUGGAGCCCCACACACCGCCACAAUGCCGCUCUUCUGUCGCUACUAUGCGCAGAAGUACCCCGAGGUUGAUGAUGUGGUGAUGGUGACGGUUCGGAGCAUUGCGGAGAUGGGCGCGUACGUCCAUCUCCUGGAGUACAACAACAUAGAGGGCAUGAUCCUGUUGUCGGAGCUCUCCCGUCGACGUAUCCGAUCCAUGAACAAGCUGAUCCGCGUGGGCAAGACAGAGCCGGUUGUGGUGAUCCGAGUGGACAAGGAGAAGGGCUACAUUGACUUGUCCAAGCGCCGUGUCUCCAAGGAGGAUGUGGAGCGGUGCACGGAGAAAUUUGCCAAGGCGAAGGCGGUCAACUCCAUCAUCCGACACGUGGGCGAGCUGCUCAACUACACCGCGGAGGAGCAGGUGGAGGAGCUUUAUCAGCGGACCGCCUGGCACUUUGAGGAGAAGUACAAGAAGCAGGCGUGUGCUUAUGACGUGUUCAAGCAGGCUGUUAUUGACCCCAGCAUCCUUGACGAGUGCCAGCUGGACGAGGAGACGCGAACUGUCCUUCUCACCCAAAUCCAGCGCAAGCUACAGUCUCAGGCCGUUAAAAUCCGCGCCGACAUUGAGGUGUCCUGCUUCGAGUACGAGGGGAUCGACGCUGUGAAGUCUGCCCUGCGCGGGGGGAUUGAGAUGUCCACCAACGAGAUACCCAUCAGGAUAAACCUCAUCGCGCCGCCGCUGUAUGUGAUGACCACACAGACCACGGAGAAGCAGGACGGUCUGCGGGCCCUGGAGGGAGCCAUUGAUAAGGUCACAAGUGUCAUCAAGGAGUUUGGCGGCACGCUCACCGUCAAGAUGGCGCCCAAGAUCGUGACAGACGUGGAGGAGGCCGACCUUGCAAGACAGCUGGAGAAGGCCGAGGAGGAGAACAGGGAGGUGGCGGGAGAUGACGACGAGGACGAGGAGGAGGAGGGCAUGGGAGAACUGGCGGUGGACAGCGAGGAGGAGGAGGAGGGGAAGAAGAAGGAGGAGGAGGUGAAGGAGGAAGAGUAAUGAGAGGGUUGAUAGGGGCAGGUGGAGGAAGAGGAGGAGGAGGAGGAGGAGGAAAAAUAAAGUAGAUAUUGGAAAGAGGGAGUGUAUCUUCUCCCUCUCUCUCUCUCUCUCUCUCUCUCUCUCUCUCUCUCUCUUGCAACUGUUCAGGUUACUAUAAUAAGCUAAAUGCCCAAUACUUGCUAAAUAAAAUCAUUAAAAAAAAUAUUUACGACAAUUUUUUUAAUGCGCGAGAUUACGACAAGACAAAAAAAAACGUAAAAAAUGACGAGGGAGAUGCGUAGGCUUAGGGUCGACAUCUUUUAUUAUCGUUUUUCCGGUACGGUCAGCUGUUAGUGCGUUCGUCUGUUCCUGCCUCAAAAUAUGUAUAACAGGGAACUGAUCUGUGUGCACGUCCGUUCCAGCGCGUCCGACGGAAACGGUUCUCGCGGUAUCUGGCAACUGGGCUUCGUCGCAUGUUUUUACGAUCUGUUACAAUGGAAUCCCCUUAUGUGCUAUUUUCAGUCACAUAUGGGAAAUAAAUCGAGGAGGGAGGCAAUCGAAAACACUUUAUUAUAUCAUUGACUUGGCUUGAGUGAUUCACGUCUUCCUGAAUAUAAGCGAUGCGACUCCCGCUCGAUUCACGCCAUCCGGAUCCACGGGUAAGGAAUCGAACCCCCUAUUGUAGGUUUAGCACUGUUUCCGUCCGACGCGCUGGAGCGGACUGCACCAUGCGACAACUAUUUCCACUAUACCUAAGAAAAAAAAAAGAUGAGAAAAAAAAAACUAUUGCUUUUAUCAUUGUUAUAAACGCUAAUUUAUAUACGAAGAACGGACCUUUUUUUUUUUGUGGCUGUGGUGGGUUUAAUUUUUUCUUAAUCUAACGUAAGGUCUCCAGGAUGGCCGCCCGCCCCUCCGUAAGGUCAGCUUGUGCGUAGGGUGUAGUGUCGAGGGUGAGGCUUCGAGAGGAGG